GGGAGAUGGGGAUUUCUAUAUCCUGUAUUUGCUAUUGUGACUACAGCUGCGUAAAAAUGCUAUUUAAUGUUGGCUAUAAUUUUCCCAAUUGAAUAAUUUCAUUUUAUGUAUAUACCUGAUGUUACAUUUGAAAGUUUCGCGGUUCGUCAAAUUUCUCAAGAAGGCGUCACGUGUAAUGCCCCUCCGCAGUUGCCGUAGUGAAUGCAUGGCCUUGUUCAAGGUGACAGACAGAGAGCCAUGCCGGGAGCGCCUCAACUGCCACCUUUCACCGUUUUUGCUGCUGGGGCUGCCGGUGGCGGAGAAAAGGAGACAACGGCGCCGUUGAGCCUGGACGAACUGUCUCUGUACGCGGCUCCUCAGCAGAACCGUCGGUAUGCGGAGCCCGAAGCCGGGCAGCUGGAGGAGCGUGUCGCCACCUUCAGGAAGCUAGCAGAGCCAUACUCGGCUUGGUGUUCGGGCACCUUCGACAAAAUUAAACCCAAAGUUCAGAAGGUCGUCCAGUUCGGGAGUGACGCCUACGCUUGUCUGCAGAAACCUCCGAAGGACUUCUAUCCUCGGGCGGGAAUCAUCGGCUUUGCCGGAAUGCUCGGCUUGUUUCUGGCCAGAGGCUCCAGGGUGAAGAAGCUCCUCUACCCGGCGGGUUUCAUGGCCGUAAGCGCCUCCCUUUACUACCCAGAGCAGGCGGCAGCCAUCGCAAAGUCAACCGGAGACUCCGUCUACGACAGCGCGGUGCGGAGCUACGCUGCGCUAGAGAAGAUCCUGAAAAACCCUCAAAGCAAGGAUGCAAACGGGGACAAAUCUAAACGCAACCCGUAGGCUUAUGUUCAGCUGCUCAGCAAUACCAGCCUGGUGGUGACAGGACUGGCUUUAGGGCUAGGGUUAGAGUCCCUCUCUGCACUUUGCUGUUACUCAGGCCGGCCAUGCCCUGUCACAUACUGGACCUGCUACUUGAAUAAUUAACCUCUGAUUGUAUAUUUAAGUAAAAAAUGAAUCUGUGGGGCUUUGAUUAAAAAUCAGGUUUUAACACAUUUUUCUGGUUUGCUUUGUGAAGUUUGAGUAGAGACCAAAGAAAACGAAAGCUGUUCUGGUUCUGUAAUAGGAACCUGACUUAUGAUUGUUUUUGAUAAGUUAAACUACAUCUUGGAAAUCCCAAAACCAUGAGCUGUAAAACAAGCAACAUGUUUUAAAUGAAUAAAUGAUCAUUCUUUUGAAUACUA